UACGGCGGAUGGUGUGGUGCCGCGCGUUGCAUUGUGGGAAUUGUCGUCCAUUUCGAGCAGCGCCUUGCACUAACAAUGAAACACUUUGGGUUUGAGAACUACAAAUCCCAGGCGCGACCGCUAAACGUCCGCUCCCAGCGCACAGUUGGGUUUGUUUUGGUUUAUACAGGCAGUGCUUUGUCACGGGGAGCUAAGGUCCGUUGCGGCACUUUAACCUGGGAGUUAAACGCCUUUGAUUCGUUGCCAAUCCCCCCCCCCCCCGGAGCAACUCCUCCUCCGACCUCGGUGUUUCGCUCCCCUCCCUCUCAGGGUCGCCGCCUGCCUCGUAGCUCCGUUAUCGGACCCCAGAAGCUGGCCUGCUAGUUAGCAAACAAGCUAACGAUUGCCAGAUUUCACCCAUGUCCUCUGAAGAAGGGUUCAGCUCCACGAUCACAGAUUGGCUUUUCAUCAACUCCUGGUGGCUCCUUCUCCCGUUCAUCAUGCUCCUUGUAGUGGCCGCAUUCAUCGUUGCUUUUGUGUUGCUUUUGUACAUGAUAUCGCCCCUUAUCAGUCCCAAGCCUCUGAAACUGAACGGGGCCCACGUCGUGGUGACUGGAGGCUCAAGUGGAAUCGGGAAAUACAUUGCGAUUGAAUGCUACAGGCAAGGCGCAUUCAUCACGCUGGUGGCACGAGAUGAGGAGAAACUGCUCCAGGCAAAGAAGGAGGUGGAGAAGCAUGCCAUCAAUGACAAACAGGUGGUGCUCUGCAUAUCGGUGGAUGUGUCCAGCGAAUACAGUCAGGUGGAAAGUGUGAUAAAACAGGCUCAAGAGAAGCUGGGACCCGUUGAUAUGCUCGUGAACUGUGCUGGAACAUCCUUCUCUGGAAAGUUUGAGGAAGUGGAGGUGGAACGUUUUAAAAAACUGAUGGAAGUGAACUACCUGGGCAGCGUUUACCCAACACGAGCCGUCAUAACCACCAUGAAGGAGCGCAGAAUGGGCCGCAUCAUGUUCGUGUCUUCCCAGGCGGGGCAGAUUGGCCUGUUCGGAUACACUGCCUACUCCCCGUCUAAAUUCGCGCUGCGUGGGUUGGCAGAGUCGCUGCAGAUGGAGAUAAAGCCAUAUAACAUCUAUGUGACCGUGGCAUACCCCCCCGACACUGACACUCCGGGACUGGCCGAAGAAAACAAGACAAAGCCCCUAGAGACCAAAUUAAUCUCUGAAACGUCUGGAGUUUGUCAACCAGACCAAGUGGCCAAAGUCGUUGUCAGGGAUGCAGUGCAGGGGAACUUCAACAGCUCCAUUGGUCCCGAUGGCUACAUGCUAUCAGCCCUCACCUGUGGCAUGUCGCCUGUUACCUCCAUCACAGAGGGUCUCCAGCAGAUUGUCACCAUGGGGCUGUUUCGGACCAUCGCCCUCUUCUACCUGGGGAGUUUUGACAGCAUCGUGCGCCGCUGCAUGAUUCAGAGGGAGCAGUCGAAAGCAGCCAACAAGAGGGAGUGACAGCAGCCAUUGCCUCCUUCACAGCCCGAGAGCCCCUCCUUCCUCCCCGCAGCCCACCAUUCAGUCCCUUCCUCCAGCCUGUACAAGUGCACAACCGUAGGUGGGGGGGGGGUGGGCCAUGUCAAGUGCAUUUCGGAUAUUAACUUAAGAUGGGAACGAAGAAAGUGGCUGAUGUUUACUUGUUGCUUGACCCCUUCAUAGACUUUGUAGCCAUUCCAUUUUUUUUUUCUGUCCUCUCAGAGCAUUCCAGUGACUUCAGUUUUACGUGUCAACCUGCUCCUUUUUGUGGGAGCAGCCUCCAUUUAGGGAAACGAGGACAGGCUAAAACGUCCCACGGCCUCGUUUUAAAGCACGCAGGCCGUCGACACUACAGAUAUCAGGCCCUCCCCUGCCUCGAUUUGCACAAUUUUUCGAUCCUCUCAGAGAGGAAAAGCAACAGAUAGCCUGUCUGACCGGUUGUGCCAAAUACGGCUUGAAAAUCUUUCCCACCUGGGGCUACAGUAUAGUGAAAAACACAAUGAUAGCCCUCACCUUUUUGUCACACGGCUGCAUGUUUCAAAAAACUCCACCACCUUCUACGAAUUCGACAGUUUUUCACUACAUAAGCAGGUUCUUCUCCACCUUUUUCGAACCACGAGCCUUUGCAGGCAAAGCAGCUCCGUUUUUUUUUUUUUUUGACUGAAUAACCUCUCUGUUUGAAACCGGUCGUGACCCUCAGCGUCGUGUUUAUGCUGUGGGAUGUUUUGUUUUUGUGUGAACUAAGCAGAGACGUGAUAUAACAGUGCUCUUUAGAGAUAUCGGGGAAAAAAAAAGAGGGACAGAGAAAGAGAGCGAGAGAGAGGAAACAACAUUUCCACAAAAUAGUAAUAUUCAAAAAGAAAAUUUACAUGCAUUGUUGGUGGAAAAAGACUUGUGUUUGUGUGUGUGUGUGCGUGUGUGUGUUUGCUGUGACUGAGCCGACCCCCCCCCCCUCCGGGAGAGAAAAGCCAUUCAAUUUUUUGACCGUCUCUGGAAUAAGGACGGCAAAUUAUUUUCUCACCAUUCCAGCUGAUUGCAUUGAGAAAGCAAAGCAGGUAACGUUGGUUGAAGCCAUGAAGCCAUGACGUCAUAAGAUUUUAAAAAAUAACCACGGCAUGUGGUUUCACACCGGAAGCGUGUCAUUUUACAUUUGUUUUGUAUGUGUCCGUGCACAUAUUCAUCCACCUCCAGUUGAGAUCCGAGCAGGAUCUGCGAUCUGUCGGGUUUAAGUACGUCAGGGCGAGACUCGCUGGUACGAGUCUGUGUGAAGGCCUAGUGAGGGCGCUGCAGAUAAAGGCCGAAAUAGUAGAGGGACCAACGUCGAAGAGUGACCCUCUUAUUUUGACCUGUCAUGCAUAGCAGGGAGUUUGCAGCUCCCUCAGUGACAAUAUCGAUUCCCUCCAGAUGUCUGUCAAGCCUUGGAGAAAAAAGAAAAAAAAAUCUUAUUUACCACCUUCUUUUCGUUUUGCAUAAGUUUGUAGUAAACGUACAGUGUUGACUCUUUGUAAGUCUUCCUUAGGUCCAUUAAAAGGCGGGGAGAAUGUACUUCAAUACAGAGCGUACAAGCCGGGAAGAUUUCAAACGCACCAAUAUUUGAAUGCCAAAAUGUGUCGAGACAAUUUUUUUUUUUUAGAUGCAGUGCAUUGAAUUUACUUCAGCGUCGGGUUAGUUUGUAGGAACUAAGAGGAGGAGUGUGGGGACCCAUUCUAAGCCUUAAGACGUGACUACUGACGAAGCAUAUGCUACAAGAAUGGACCUGUCCACGUGUGGUUUACCAGAUCAUUUAAUAUGACGUUUUAUUGUAAUAUACCAACAUUUUUUUGUUGUGUGCGUGUGUGUAUUUGUUCAAUUUUUAGUCUUUGUAUGACAAAAGAAGCCUUACUGCAAACCAAGAUAUGAACGUGAGAAUGGAUGACUCGUGUUUGACGAUGUUCUCAUCUGACAUUGGUUAAAGGCCCACUGACCUGCACUCAAGAGCUUUUCAUAAUCCCACAUUCAUUGCUUUCAGAAGUUCUCUUUUACCUUGAGGUAGCAACGAUUAGCUGAUAGAACAUGUAGCUCAUCUAAAGAGUUUUGUUUCAACUAACACCUUUAAGCUAUGCAAAUGAAGCCUAUGCUUACAGUAUGUUUUAACAGUUAAGUUACAUCGGGCUAGUUCCUCCUAUUUAACAGCGUCACCGCCGGAUGCUCAUUGAGUUUAAAAGAAGCGAUCGGCAAAGUCAUACUGCACUCUUUUGUUUUCUUCUGUUGCUUUUUUCUUUUCUGCCAAAAAACUUAACACCUUCACCUUGUGUGCCAUUGAAAGAAAAUGUGAGAAGUGGAACGUUUCUUUGUCUUAUUUUCUUACGUGAUGAACUAAAUAAAUACCUGUGAAGAAAAGGCUAAAA